CUACCUAUCAACACAGAUCCAUUCUUCAAUAUGCAUAAAUAAUCGUAUACUGUUUUCUGUACGUGGAGAUCUAAGUUUAAGAUUUAUAGUUUGUUCAGGACGAGAUCAGAGCUUUGAUUGGAUGGAAAUGGUGGAGAAGAAGUUGAAGACGGAGACGGAGGCGUCUCCGUCGCAGAUGGUCACCGGAAGGAGGACGCACGUGUCGUCUGCGCCUCCCAACUGCACGGCGGCGUUGAAUACCGUAACCCCUUGUGCCGCCUGCAAGCUUUUGAGGAGACGAUGUGUGGAAGAAUGCCCUUUUUCUCCUUAUUUUUCCCCUCAUGAGCCCCACAAGUUCGCCGCCGUUCACAAAGUCUUUGGUGCCAGCAAUGUCUCCAAGCUCCUCCUGGAGGUUCCGGUGAGGCAAAGAGCAGACGCGGCCAACAGUUUGGUGUACGAAGCGAACGUGAGGCUGAGAGAUCCGGUGUACGGCUGCAUGGGUGCCAUUUCGGCUUUGCAGCAACAGCUUCAGUUCUUACAGUCUGAGCUUAACUCUGUGAAGGCUCAACUUCUGAGAUACAAGUAUAGACAAGUGGUCACUAUCACAUCCUCCGCUCAAACGCCGCCGCCCGCUUUAAUGAACUCCAUGGCCGUAUCCGUGGCGGAGCCGCCACAAGCUCCUCCCCACUCUUCUCCGCCUUUGUUUACAACCUCUUCUAACAUGGCCAGCUUUAGUACUGUCAUACAAAAUAAUAACAACAUUUCCUUUUUUCAAUGA